AUGCCUCAAGCGAAGACCACCAAGGACGAGCCCCUCAAUGCCUGGGGCGCCAACCAGGAGACGGAGCAACUGAAGGGCGUAAUCGAUGCUGCAGCCAGAUUCCCACGCUGGAGCGCUUCGUAUUGUCUUCUCUUUCCGAUGCGACACGUCUACCAUUUUGACUCAAAAGCCGAGGCGGAAGCGUAUAGAAGAGAAACUUACCCAGAACUGUGGAAGAAGACCAGCAUUUCCCAGGCAGGGUUUUUCUUGAGCAGUUUUGUAUCGAACCCGAUCUUCCAGCCUGAAAUUCCCGAGUAUGGGGUCGUUCAGCUCCUCAGGAAUCUCAAUUCUGUCGUCAGGUUGCCCUUUAUUGCCGCGGAAAAAGACCCCAGAACACUCAUCAAGGCCCUCAUGCAAGAAAGCCCUAGGAAGCAUCUCAUCAGCUAUAGGGAAUGGAGCACUCUACAGGAAGCUCUGGGGCAUCUACCCAAGCCACUAGCCUCACAGCUGAGACUUUGGGCAUACCGCACUGAGUUCAAGUAUGAGGGCCAAGUCGACCCUACCAUUAUCCACCGAAAGGACUUGGACUUCCCCCCGCGGUUGGACAGUGCGCCGAAUUAUUUCAGAAAGCAGGGUUGGUCCCAGCUCCCCAGGGCCGAACAGAAGUUAGGAGAGCGGCUCCUCUACAAUGGGAAAGAAUGGUUCGGCUUUCUCUGCUUUACUGUGCUUUUCACCAGUAAUUACUUCAUCUCCGGAAGUCCGUCCACCGAUUAA